AUGAAGAGCAUUUGGAGACAAAAAUAUGUAGAUAUGGAAGUCAGUAUCCCAAAUCCUCCCCUCUCGAAGGGUCGAAAGGAGGCCACGAUGCCAACACUGGUCACUCUUGUUGCUUCACUUCCCCAGUUCCAACAUCCUUUUUCUAUGACAAGUGUUCCCAAGAGCCCUUUUGAGACGAGGGUUGCGUCUGAUGAAGAAGCGUUAGAUAAGGCUCGAUCAUGUUUGAUGGAGGGAAUGCACGUGUUGAACGAAGUGUAUGCACGUACAAGGGCGCGUACAGAGCAACUUUCUCAGUGUCAAAUCGUGUUUGAGGAAGCUUUGGAAGGGUUGAAGCAACUUCAGACCCUUCACGAGCAAACAGAAGAAGAAGCUAAGGGGUUGAGGGAAGAGGUAGUCGGUUUGUCAGGGAGAAACCAAAGUUUGGUGAGAGAUUUGAGUCAAGCCAUCGGUCAACAGGGGGAGUUGAAAAUUUUGAAUCAAGAUCUACAACUAAAAUUGGAUGAUGUUGUGAGUCGCCGCGUAUCUGCCGUCAAAGAACUCGAGGGUAUCUCUCAGCGGUACCAUUCGCUGAAGUCACAAUAUACUGAGAAGGUUUCUUAG